AUGAGCUUCUCGGUCACGUUCGCUGAGCUGGCCAACAUAGCCAUACCUCAGUGUGGAGUGGUGAACUUCAAGGCCCUUCACCUCCUGAUUCAGGGCAUCCUGGAUCACAUCCAAAUCGCUGGGCUCAAGAAGGUCCUGUCAGGAGAAGAGGAUUUCCUCCAGACCUCACAGGUGGUGUUUAUGCCCACGGAGGGAGAUGCCCAGCCCAUCCUCAACCCCAUGAAGAGGCUCAGCAACGUCUUCGACCAUGUGGUGGACCGCAUCAACAAGAUAGAGAGUCAGAUAUCGUCCAUGAAGGGCAUGCCCUCUACCACACAGCUGCUGGAGGCUAGCUACGGGGCCAACCGGCCCGCCGAGGACCUGUGGAACAUGAUCAAGCUCGUGAAGAGGGUGGAGGGCAACGAGGAAGCCUUGGCGACGAUCAUGAAGACCCUGCAGGACCUGCUCACUGAUCUCCAUGUAUUUAAGAACACUGUUGAAACCCUCCAGAAGGAUGUGGACGUGGUAAAGUACAUAUUUGAAAAGGUGAACCCAGAAAGAAUGGAGCUUGUCUGUGAAGACUUGAAAACACAGAACCGGAAGUUGGGGGCCCUGCAGCGGGAAGUGGUUACCCUCCAGAACAAGGUUCAUGCUGUUCCCCAACCUGAGGACAUGGUGCUCUGGAGUGGUCUCCAUGAGGCCAUGUUCACUCUGGAACCUAAGCUGGAAUUGGGACCGUCCAACACAUGGCAGAGCGUGACCUCUCUUCCAGAAUCUACCUUGGGGCCUGCUGAGGAUGGUGGUGGCCGGACUGAUGUCUCACACCCCACCCACAGAGCCACCCCUUUGCAGACCAUCCUGCAUUUUAAAUCUGCGGAAGGCCUUGAAGAGGAUGCCUUCACCCAGGCUGCUGAGUUUAGCGCCCCCCAGGGGGUAGAGCAUGCUCAGGUCUCCGUGUCUCAGUCUGGGUCUAUAAUUGGCCCUGGACAUGUACCAGGGCCCAGUGGGAGGCCUGGUCCUGGUUUCAUCCCAACCUCUUGGUCUAGACCUGGACUGGCUCCCUCAGGCGCAUGGCCCUUACCACCAAGAGGCUGGCCUGGGGCUAAUGCUUGGCCUAUGUUGAAUAUGGGUUUCUUCCAGCCUAGCCUAGGUCCACUUGACCCUCAGGGCCAGAUGUACAGGGCUCCUUUCCCAGGCUUGGAACCUGGACCACAAUGGCCUCAGCUGUGGCCACGACACCAGGUUCCUAAAGCAGGAGCCCACCGUCUUUCAGACGUUGAAGAAAGAGGGGAGGAAUCCGAAUAUGAUUACGUCGAUAUGCAUCAUGAAGCGAUCCCUAAAGAUGGGGCUCCUCAGGAUGCUGUUCCCAAGGAAGGGGCUCCUCAAGCUGGUAUCCCCAAGGAAGGGGCUCCCCAAACUGGUAUUCCCAAGGAAGGGGCUCCCCAGGAGGAGUUUCCCAAGGAAGAGGCUCCCCAGGAUGGGAUUCACAAGGAUAGGGUGCCCCAUCACAGAGUCACCAAGGAUGGGGCCCCCCGUGAGAGAGCCCCAAAAGAUGGGGCUUCCCAAGACACAAUUCCCAAGGCCAUGGUCCACAAAGAUGGGUCCCAGAAAGACAUGACCAAAGCAGCACACCCUAAGGGCCCUCCGUCGGCCCUAAAGAAGCUGAAGUCCGCUAUUGCGAUAGCUGCAGCAACUGCUGCAGCCUAUGCAUCAGCAGCAAACACAGCUGCCCGUGCAGCCAAAGCUGCUGUCAGGGCAGUCAGAGAUGUUCCUGCAGCCCGAAUGGCUUCUUUAGCCUCGACUUCGGCAGAGGCUGGGGCUUUAGGGGCCUCCGCAGAUUUCCUGGGUGCAGGAUCUAGCCAUGGGGCCAUCGACUUCAUACCCUUCAGUGACGAUGAGCUAGAAGACUUGCCUGAAGAGCUCAUAUCAUCAAUUCUUCCCCCCAUGGCACCCAGAUCAGUCCUGUCCCAGGCCAUGAUAACUGCCUUGCAGGCUGAGAGCCCUGAGGAGAAGAAGAAGGCUGUCCAGUACUCCAUGAGUCACAUAGCCCAGAUGCCUAUUAGGCAUGAUUCCCUCAAAGAAGAGUUUGACCAUCUGUCGACCAUCCUGCACCAGCGCUUAAAUUACCUGGCUAACUUUGGAGCCCCUGGCAAGAUUGGCAACACAAUGAAUGUGCUGGAGGAAAAGAUUUGUAACCUCCAGAAAGCCAGGCUACAGGAAGAAGAACUUGAGAGAGUUUGGGGCCACCAGAUUGAGACAAUGAAGAGUCACUACAUGGUGCUGGACAGGACGGUGGAAAAGCUCCAGAUUCGCAUAGAUGACUUCAAGACCCUCAAGGCUGAAAUCCAAAGGCUGGAUCAGAUUAAAGCUGAUAAAACUACGAUGGACCAGGAGCUGAGAGAAAAAGCUGACAAGGAUGCCCUGGCAAGCAAGGCAAACCGGGUGGACCUGGAGGUGGCGGCGAUGGAGCUGAACGAGAUGAUUCAGAGCAUGCUCUUGAAGAUCACAACCUAUGAGGGGGACUGGAAGAAGUCGCUGAAGCACCUCAGGAAGGACCUAAACACUAAGCUGGUCCACAGUGACCUCAACGGCCUGAAGAAGGACAUAGAGGAGGUCUGGAAGAUCGUUCGGAAGCUCCUCAUAGAAGGCCUGCGAUUCGAUCCCGACAGUGCCGCAGGCUUUAAGAAGAAACUGUUCGAGCGGGUGAAGUGCAUCUCCUGUGACCGGCCAGUAGAGAUGAUGACCGGCCCACAGCUCAUCACCAUCCGCAACACCCAUGGGCUGUCACAAAUGAGGCCAGCCAGCGCCAACAGCUUCGAGUAUCUGCAACGGCAGCUGAUAAGGGAACAACAGCACCAGCUGCAUUUCCACAACUUUGGAGUCCAUGAGGGUCUGGGAUCCCAGAAGGACUGGGGAGAUGGACCCCGAAAUGGGACCACCUUCAAGCACAAGCCAAAUGACCUGUCAACAGUCUACCCUUACGGGGACCCUGAGAUAAUGGACUAUGACACGGCUGAGGUGGACAUCCUGGGAGUGGAUGGGGUCCUGUACAGAGGCCGAAUGAACACCCAGUUUGGGACUCGGACUGGGGAGAAGGACCUGGCAGCUGUGAAGGUUUCCUGUCCUUCAGUUCAAAACCUGAGCGAUCGCGUGCGCGCCGGAUCCUUACUUGCUCCAGGCUACCCCCCCCUAGGCCCCCGCACCAGCAUCAGCUCUGGCACCACUCUACAUUCUGCCACAACGGUGGCUCGGCCGCCAUCCCUGCCACCAGUGCCACAGCUACCGCCACUGAUCCCAAGGGACCCACAGGAGGCCCCUGGACCCACCAGGCACUUGAGAUCUCUGCGGCUGGAUUCCCUAGCCAGCACCCAGAUUGCAGAGGAGCACACCCAGCUGUGA